AUGCCAGGUGUUUCCGUUAGAGACGUUCCAGCUCAAGAUUUCAUCAACGCUUACGCUUUAUUCUUGCAACGUCAAGGUAAAUUGGAAGUUCCAGAAUACGUUGAAUUGGUCAAGACCUCUGUCAGCAAUGAAAUGCCACCACAAGAAGCUGAAUUGUGGUUCUACAAGCGUUCUGCUUCUAUUGCCAGACACAUCUACUUGAGAAAGCAAGUUGGUGUCGGUAAGUUGAAGAAAUUGUACGGUGGUGCCAUCAACAGAGGCUGCAGACCAGGUAAGCACGCUAACGGUUCCGGUUCCGUUAACAGAAAGUCUGUUCAAGCUUUGGAAAAAUUGGGGGUUUUAGAAAUCUCUCCAAAGGGUGGUAGAAAGAUCUCUGAAAACGGUCAAAGAGAUUUGGACCGUAUUGCUGCUCAAACCUUGGAAGAUGCCGAAGAAGAAGAUGACGAAUAA